CCUUUUAUAUGAAUCUCAUUCGAAAUGGAUCGAACUACUAAAACCCAUGAAAGUACUGAUCAGAUGUUAUGUUCAAAGAGGUCCUUUCUGAAUGGCAAAGUUGCAGUUAUAACGGGGGGAGCUAGAGGAAUCGGAGCUGAAACAGCAAAGCUUCUAGCCGGAAAUGGCGUCGAUGUAAUCAUCGCCGACAUACUGGACGAACUGGGGGCACCGCUGGCGGAAUCUAUCGGCGGGCGAUACGUCCACUGUGACGUUUCAAAGGAAGCCGACGUGGAAUCGGCGGUGAAACUGGCACUGGAGUGGAGAGGCAAGCUGGACAUCAUGUUCAACAACGCCGGAAUCGCCGGCCCCGGCGGCAGCAUCGCGGAGAUGAAAAUGGAGCAGUUGGCGAGCCUGCUGGCGAUAAACCUCAACGGCGUGGUUCACGGGAUCAAACACGCCGCCCGGGCCAUGAUCGCGGGAGGGAAAGGCGGGACCAUCAUAUGCUCGUCGAGCUCGGCGGCCAUCAUGGGCGGGCUGGCGUCGCACCCGUACUCGCUGUCGAAAUCGGCGAUCCUGGGGCUAGUGAGGAGCGCGGCGUGCGAGCUGGGGCAGCACGGGAUUCGAGUGAACUGCGUUUCGCCGCACGGCGUCCCGUCGGAGAUGCUUGUGAGUGCGUAUCGGAUGAUUCUUGGGAAGACGGACGUGAUGGCGGAGGAAGUGGGAAAGAUUGUGGGGGAACGCGGGAGUCUUCUGCGGGGGAGAGGCGGGAGGAUGGAAGAUGUAGCGCAGGCGGUGUUGUUUCUGGCUAGUGAAGAUUCUGGAUUCGUUACGGGGCACAAUCUUAUAUUAGAUGGAGGUUAUACUUCAGCUGUUAGUCAAAUGAGCUUCAUAUACCAAGAAUAAAGGAAGUACUAUACAUGGACCAAAUAAUGAAUAAAUUGCGAUUCAUUAAUAUUAAUAUCCACAAUAAUAUCUAAAAGUCAAGAAAGGAGUUUAAUACUCUUAAACACUUUCUCAAAACAGCAAAAAUUUGUAUGAGAUUUUUUUCAUGGAUCUUUGUCCAUUAGACUGGUCGGGUCAAGAUAAAUAUGUAAUACUAAUUAGGAAUAAAAUAUUUGUUACUUAAUAGUAUAUCUUGGCAUGCAAACCCUCAUUUUA